AAAUGCUUACCUAUCAAAAACGUCAUAUACAAAACUAGAGCUAUAGAGAGAAGGAUAUAACAUAAUCAAUCUCCAGAGGGAAUUCAUGCGGUGUUGGAGUGGUAUCAUACGCAUAUCAGUAAUGCAACAUGUCCUCUGAUCCACUGAUAUUGGGUGCAGUCGGAACAACUUUGGGUGUUAUCUCACUCACAUUUUGUAUCAUCCAAGCAAUCAUUAUGGUCAGAUUGAAUAAACGACUUACGCAGCUAAUCAAGUUCAAUACAAGGUCGGACAAUGAAAAGCUUCCAAUAAUUACAGAGGAUGGUGAAGGCUAUGGUGAAGAUGACCUGCGUGAAGAUGAAAAUAAUGAAUCCGCUCCUCCAGAUGAUGACUAUGACGACGUUGUUUCUCCUUAUCCGGUUAUGCAGCCUAAAUCGCCACAUCAACCAUUAGAAUAUAACUCGUCCAAAACUAAUUGCUUAGAGAGUUACACUAACGAUUCGCCUACAGCUGAACGCGGAUUAAUCUCGCCCACAGUUGCUGAACUCAAGAACAGUCUGGCAUUACCCCUUAAAAAAGUAUUUGAAAAGAGUUGCACGUUGGAUGGUCGAAACAGGAUCGAUGGUCCAGAUCUACACUCACAGAAAUCCAUAAGACCGCGAGCGCUUACGAGUAAUGCGUUGGUAGAAGGGGAGAGGUCUUCAAGAAGACAGAGGACACCAACUGACAAGCCAGAAACAGAAUCUACUGUAAGUACCCCUGGGUCAAACGGAUCACCUUGCAAUAAUCCUAUAGCGUAUGUUGUGACUGAAAUUGUAGAUUUAAAUGACACUAAGAGGCGACCCAGCGUCCGCCUUCGAGAAUGUCGGCCAAAGAAAAAAUUGUCAAAGACUAUUCAGAAACAGCUCGAAAAAUCAGAGCCCUUUUAUUUUGGGUUGGAACAAACAUCAUGGUCUGAAGGGGAGAGUUUCCAGAGAAAUCAACCCAUUGCCGUGCAUCCUCCCAAGAAACAUGAUGUCAACAAGAGAUGGCGACAAGUAUUGCCAGUCGUUACAAAUAAGGAUAAAACAUGUUCCCCUUGCGACGAAACCGAAGACACAUGUGCCGUUUCCCCUGAUAAGGAUGGCCCAUCGUUGAGGAAUAUGAGCGAUAAUAACAACAAGUACAAGGAAAAAAUAGCCUUGAAGCCACCUCAAACCAAAAAGGGGAAACAGGUCCUGGAAAAGUCAUCGAGCCUUGGGAACCAAAAGGGUGGGACAUGGUCUCCUAAAACUUUAGAGCGACAUCGCAUGCUACUUGGUAAACCUAUCGACAUUUCCCCUCAAAGGGGUCCCAACAGGCCUCAAACCGAUCCGCUCCAGGAAGGCGUAACCUCGCAAUACGAGUUGGUAGAAUCACCUUCCAUGCAGUCUGUCGGCUCAGUAACAUGUGCAGAAGGUUCAACCGGUUACUCUAAAAUUGUUCGGCAAUAUGACGGUAGGAGACGUGCUUCAUCAACAGGAUCGUCUGACUUGUUAGGAAGACAAAAUGAUAAAUCAUAUAAUAAACUAAUGAUAGGUAUAUAGUCUGACAUAAACCUCGGAAAUACUUACUUUGAUGACUGCAGACACUAACCACACUCAAUUACUGGACUAAGCAAACUCUAUUAAGAGUUAUAUAUCGCAGCGAUAAGGGGAGUGGUGGAACACUAAAGUAGUAUUGAACUAAUCUAAAAAAAUACCGAAGUUUCAAUUGCAGUGAUUUUACUUAUGCACCGCUAUAUACCUAAAGAAGGACUAAGAACAACAUCCUCGCGUUGAUCAUCAUGACCGUCGUCACCUGAAUAUAAUAUGUAUGUUGAUAUGGUUGAAGAGAACAUUUACUUACUGCAGCAAAGUCAAGUAUGAAAUGGUGGGCCGUCGUAUGACAUUGGCAGAUCGCUGGAAUCCUGACAACGUAGGUGAUUACGCCAAUAAUUUCAUGAAUUUAAGCCUAGUUGAAGGAGUAACAAAGGACAUUUUAAUUACAGUUUGCGCGCAAAUACUUAAUUUAUUCCUCAUAAAUGUAAAAAAGUAAACAUUCUCUGCUGUUCCUUAAUUAACCUUAGUUAUACUCUUAGAAAAUAAAUCGGUUGAUUUGUACAAUCAACAGCACGUUUUCAAUGUCAUGUAAUACCUGUAUCAUAUGCAUCAAAUCAUUAGAGCAUCAAUGGUAAUAAUUGUCGAUUGGUAGUAAAGUUUUUAAUUUGUAUCAUAUCGAAUUAUGAUCAUAACGGUGCAAUCAAAUGAAAGCAAGUACCUUUGUCCUGUGUCGAAAACUAAAAGAUAUUUUUAAGAAACUGGAAGUAUGUAACUCAUGUCUAGUCCUAUCUUCAUGUACCCAUUGAAUAAGAGCAGAAAAAACCUCAAGAAGAAGUAAGGCAACACUUACAUCAAUCUGACCUACUAUUUCUUUUUUUUUAAUUCUAAGAGAGUAUGUAACCAAUGACAAUGUGCAAUCUAUUUAUGUGACUUUGCAACACUUUCUCAUAACAUGCAUAAAAUCAUUGUCCUUAAAACCUCUUCUUCUGCCUCGGAACUUCUAUCUCAUCAUAUUAUUUCACCAAGUCCUCCAGGACAAAAUUAGAGUCAAAACUUUUGUAACCAUACGUCUUAUUUCAAUUGUUUUCAGUUUUGAAAGAACAAAACAAAAUUACAUACUUACAUACGCUCGAUCACCCAAGCACACUAAAAUCAUGCAAUACAAAUCAUUAAUUUCUUUAAAAUGUAACACAAAGAAUACAUAAACUUUUAUCUGUCUUUACAAUUUGUUUGUGAUUUGUGCAAUUGCUUUUGGGAAAGAAACAGAUAUAGAAUACCCCCUUUUCAGCCGAAUGUAUGGUGUCAUCAGACCUCACAGCACUUUGGUAUGGACCUCCCAACCCCACGCUUUUUUCAAACAUGUACAGAAUCGUAAAAAUGACCAUCGGAUUGUGCCUCAAAUGAGCAUUGUCAGGCAAGCCCCUCCCCUCAUCCACACCCUUUUAAAACCGUUCCGAGGUGCGUUAACUCUUGUUUGAAUAUGUUAGUAAACGAAAUAUUUUUUUUCACGCUAUCAACCUUCACACUUAUACCAGGACAAUGUUACCGUGGUUAUAUUCACUUGACUCUUGUUUACAACUGAUGAAAAAUAUAUGAUGAAUUUUAUGUUGAAAUGUUAAACAGUACUUUCUCGCGCGAUAAUUUAUGUAAAUAGCAGGAAAUUGUAUUCUAAUAUGGAGCUAUCUUAUCACUUUUCGUGUUAUUGCUUUGCACUCCUGGAAUUUUUUUCUCCACAAUUGAAUAUGUAAAUUUUCAUCUUGUACUACGCUUUGAUUAAAACUAUCCAUUAUAAUAUAAACUAAACCAUUCCUGUAAGCACAUUAUAUUUACUUGUUAAUAAGUGUAACAUGCAGGGGAAGGCGGGGUAAGUUGUGACAGUUUUUGCUUUUUGCAUGUUAGAAUUGAUAUGAUUA